AUGGCUUCCGGCGCCGUCGACGCGGCGGCGGAGGGCGUCGCCGCGCUCGGGAUCUCCGCCGGCGGCGGCGACGACGAGUGCGCCAAGCCGAGCUCCCCGCUGCGGAGGAACCUACGCCUCCUCUCCGACGACCAGGUUGAACUUGCCAAGAUGCUACUGAGCGAAGGCCAGGGCCACCUGUUUGAACACUGGCCGGAGCUGGGCGUCGACGACGACAAGAAAAGGAGCUUCCUUGACCAGGUCCGGCGACUUCAUUCAAGCUAUCCUGGUGGGCUGGCAUCAUACAUCCAGAAUGCCAAGAAGCUUUUAGCUGAUUCCAAGGCAGGACAAAAUCCAUAUGAUGGUUUCACGCCUUCGGUUCCCUCAGGGGAAGUAUUGACCUUUGGUGAUGAUAACUUCCUUUCGUUGGAAGCAGCUGGGGUAAAAGAAGCACACAAUGCUGUAUUUGUUCUUGUAGCUGGCGGGCUUGGUGAAAGACUUGGUUACAAAGGAAUUAAGGUAGCACUCCCAAGGGAAACAACCACUGGGAAAUGCUUUCUUCAACACUACAUAGAGUCUAUUCUGGCUUUACAAGAGGCCAGCUGCAAACUGGAGGGGGAAUGUCAUACAAAGAUCCCAUUUGUUAUUAUGACUUCGGAUGAUACAAAUGCACUGACCAUCAAGCUUUUGGAGUCAAAUUCCUAUUUUGGAAUGGAACCAUCACAAGUCAAAAUUCUGAAGCAGGAAAAAGUGGCAUGUCUAGCGGACAAUGAUGCAAGGCUUGCAUUAGAUCCAAAUGACAAGUACAAGAUCCAGACAAAGCCACAUGGGCAUGGAGAUGUUCAUUCUCUUCUUUAUUCAAGUGGUUUGCUUGAGCAAUGGAAGAGUACAGGGCGGAAAUGGGUUCUCUUUUUCCAGGACACAAAUGGAUUGCUCUUCAAUGCAAUACCAUCAGCAUUAGGUGUCAGUGCAACCAAGGGCUACAAUGUUAAUUCUCUUGCUGUUCCUCGAAAGGCAAAGGAAGCCAUUGGUGGAAUAACCAAACUUACUCAUGUUGAUGGUAGAACAAUGGUGAUCAAUGUUGAGUACAAUCAGCUUGAUCCACUUCUUCGCACAACUGGGCAUCCUGAUGGAGAUGCAAAUAGUGAAACGGGUUAUUCUCCAUACCCUGGAAAUAUAAACCAGUUGAUACUGGAGCUUGGACCGUACAUCGAGGAGCUCAAGAAAACACGUGGUGCCAUUUCUGAAUUUGUAAAUCCAAAGUAUACUGACUCUACAAAGACAGCAUUCAAAUCCUCCACUCGUCUUGAGUGCAUGAUGCAAGACUAUCCAAAAACACUACCUCCAACAGCGAAAGUUGGUUUUACGGUGAUGGAUACUUGGCUUGCGUAUGCUCCUGUAAAGAACAAUCCUGAAGAUGCAGCCAAAGUUCCAAAAGGCAAUCCUUUUCAUAGUGCAACCUCAGGAGAGAUGGCAAUCUACAGGGCAAACAGCCUUAUUUUAAGAAAGGCUGGUGCACAAAUAUCAGACCCUGUAAUCAGUACUUUCAACGGUCAAGAGGUGGAGGUUUGGCCACGCAUAACCUGGAGCCCGAGGUGGGGUCUGACAUUCAAGGAUGUCAAGCAAAAGGUGCACGGAAACUCUUCUUCAGUAUCCCAGAGAUCAGUCUUGGUUAUCAAUGGCCAGAACAUCAUCAUCGACGGUCUUUCCUUGGAUGGUGCUCUCAUUGUCAACUCCGUCGACGAAGCAGAGGUCAAAGUCACUGGUCAUGUAGAAAACAAGGGCUGGACUAUCCGGCACGUCGACCACAAGGACACCUCGGAGAAGGAAGAGACCAGAAUCCGCGGAUUCAAGUUCGAGAAGGUUGAGCAGCUGGAGGUGAAUUACACUGAGCCCGGGAAGCAUUACUUGAGCUCGUGAACAAGCAUAACUGGUUGCAACAUGGUCCCUGCCAAAUUGUAUCUGGGAGUAGUACAAAUGUGGGUACCAUAUAUACCUUGUCCUCCUAAUAUUGGGUGGCCUUCAUUGUGUAAUAAUAGCAAUAAGCUGAAACCAUUCUUUGAACUUGCAGUCACCGGGUAAUAAGAAGCAGAGCUGCUUCACCAACCAGGCAGUCACUGGCUCACCGCUCCUAAUGUAAAUUUGUAACUUUAUUUACUUAUAUAUAGUGGCCAUUCACCUAUCUUUGUAAAGUAUAGUAAACAGUUAAUAGUAUUUGCAUAUGGUUGGCAUCUGAGUCUGAUUUAUUAUUUUUUGUACUCAACACUUUGCACUGAAGAAAAUAAAGUUUGUUAAUUGCUAUUGACUCCUAUCAUGGAGGCUCUCA